AUGAUGCAUGGAAGAGGAGGUUUUCAUCAUGGCUCUGAUCCUCCGUCAAAGCGUUACCGCCGCGACGACAAUGCUGACCCGACAAAUCCGAAUCCAUCGAUUGUGGUCCAUGUGCGAAAUCUGCAUCAAAAGGUAACCGAAGCUGAUCUCCUCGAGGCUCUUAGCACUUUCGGACCUAUCGCGUAUGCAACAUGUAUUCCUCAUUCACGAAUGGCUCUGGUGGAAUUCGAAAAUCUUGACGGCGCGAAAGCCUGUGUAAAUUAUGCGGCUACGAAUAAUGUCACUGUUGGAGGACAGGCAGCUCUGUUCAACUACUCGACGUCUCAAUGUAUUGAACGAAUGGGAUUUGAGGGAUCCACUCCGAACAAAGUUCUCGUUGUUACUGUUUUGAAUGCUACGUAUCCCAUCGACGCAGAUGUCAUUCAUACAAUUUCGAGCUCACAAGGAAAGGUUCUCCGUGUUGCUGUCAUGCAUAAACCAACGGUUGUUCAAGCACUGGUUGAGUUUGAAUCAGUCGAAGUUGCAAAAGCAGCUAAACAUGCUAUGAACGGAGCAGACAUUUAUGCCGGUUGCUGCACCCUAAAAGUCGAGUUUGCCAAGCCAGAUAGAGUUCGAGUGACCCGUCAGGACAAAGAUCAAAGGGACUUCACACUUGCAGACCAUGAACUACCACAAGAUUCUGGACGUAGAACAUUGAUUCCAAACAAACCAGAUGACCAUCGUCGCCCGUAUCCAGAGCCACGAGAUCAAUACGAUCGAUACGGCUCACCGCAAUCGCAAGCGCAGUACGGGUACUCAGGACGUGCUUUGCUGCCAACUCAAGAUUUCUACGGUAAUAGCGGUCCACCACAGCAACAAGGAGGAGGUUAUUAUGAAGAAUACAAUGACAGAAGAAGACCACAACAGCAGUAUGGUGGACUGGGAGGACCGGGCUGUGUCAUGAUGGUCUACGGACUCGACCACGAUAAAAUCAACUGUGACAUGCUUUUCAAUAUUCUUUGCCAGUACGGAAAUGUUCUGAGAAUCAGCUUCAUGAGAACCAAAACAGAGACCGGGAUUAUCGAAAUGGGACAACCCAAUCAGCGUCAGGAUGUCCUUGAUCAUCUCCAAGGAACCGAGCUUUGCGGUCUUAAAUUGGAAUUCAAGCCCAGCCAUCAAGAGUGUGUCCACUAUCUUCGAGAACCUUUCUUGCUUCCCGAUGGCACUCCAUCUUUCAAAGAUUACACGUCAUCUCGCAAUCAAAGGUUCACGACUGAAGAACUCUCCAUGAAGAAUCGAAUCGUAUUUCCUACAAAGGUUCUCCACUGGUUCAACGCACCAGGAACUAUGGAUGAGGCUAAAUUGCUGGACAUGAUUGCCGAGAAAAGUCAUCAUAAACCGAUAAAAGUAGAGGUUUUCCCAUCGAGAAAUGAGAGAUCAGCUGCGGGUACUGUAGAAUUCGAUACUGUAGAAGCGGCAAACGAAGUGUUGGCUCUCGUCAAUCAUUCGCCAGUUGAAAGUCCAUAUGGAAGUGCCCCAUUCAUCGUCAAGUGGGCCUAUGCUACUCCACGCCGUUGGGAUGGAAGUGGAGGAGAGCCACCGAGAUAUGAGGAUGGUGCUGAUGGAGACAGAAGAGAAGGGAUUAUUCAGCCAGCAGCCAGGCCAUUCCGACGUGGUGGACGUGGUGGCGGUGGAGAUUUCGGUGGAUACCGUCGUGAAUCUUACAGAGGUGGUCUUCAAGGUUCUGGGCCCAAUGAUCGAUACAAUCCUUACCCGUCACGCGGAGGCGGAGGAUUCCGAGGUGGUCGUGGAAGAGGUCGCUACAACGAUUACUGA